AUGGGCUUCGCCGAGCUGCGCCUCGGCUCCUACGUGCCCCCGAUCCACUACUGGCACGGCAUCGCGGACGCCCUCCGCGCCCUCGCCGGCGCCCCGGCCGUCAUAACCGCCUCCGUGCCCCCCUCGGGCUCCAUCGAGGAGCGCGCCGCGAAGCUCUCCGCCGACAUCGCCGCGAAGGCCGGCGGCCGCUCCGUCAACAUCAUCGCCCACUCCAUGGGCGGCCUCGACGCCCGCUACAUGAUCUCCCACCUCAAGCCCGCCGACGUCGACGUCAGGAGCCUCGUCACCGUCGCCACCCCGCACCGCGGCAGCGCCUUCGCCGACUUCCUCCUCGACGGCCAGGGCCCCGUCAGGCUCGCCAACCUGUACGGCCUCAUCGAGCGCGCCGGCCUCGGCACCAGGGCCUUCGGACAGCUCACCAGGGAGUACAUGGAGAACGAGUUCAACCCGCGCACCCCCGACAGCGAGAAGGUCAGGUACUUCAGCUACGGCGCCUGCACCGGCACGCCGCCGCUCCUCAGCCCGUUCCGGCAGAGCCACCGGAUCCUGGCCGACGUCGAGGGCGCCAACGACGGGUUGGUUAGCGUCGCGAGCAGCCGGUGGGGUGAGUACAAGGGCACGCUGCUCGACGUGAGCCACCUGGAUCUGAUCAACUGGUCGAACCGGCUGAAGUGGACGCUGAGGAAGGUAUGGAUGGGGCAGACGAGGACGUUCAACGCCGUUGCGUUUUACCUCGACAUCGCGGAUAUGCUGGCCAAGGAAGGGCUGUAG